GGAGGGAGGGAGCAGGGCUGGUAGGCGCCAGCGGCGCGCGGCGGGACCCACGGAGCCCCGCGACCCGCCGAGCCUGGAGUCGGGCCGGGGCGGGGAAGCCGGCUCCAGCCCGGAGCAAACUUCGCCGCCGGGCGGGGGGUGGCGGGGACCCCGUCCGGAGUCGGAGGAGGGGGCGGCCGCGGGCCCUCCCGCCUCUGCUCCCGCGUCUCCGGGCACCAUGCUGUCCAACUCUCAAGGCCAGACCCCACCGGUGCUGUUUCCCAACCCGCCGCCGCCGCCGCCGCCGCAGCCCCCCGCCCCGGCCCAGCCUCACCCCCCGACCCAGCCGCCGCCGCAGCCCCCGCAGCAGUUUCCCCAGUUCCACGUCAAGUCGAGCCUGCAGAUCAAGAAGAACGCCAUCAUCGACGACUACAAGGUCACCACCCAGGUCCUCGGACUGGGUAUCAACGGGAAAGUUUUGCAGAUCCUCAACAAGAGGACCCAGGAGAAAUUCGCCCUAAAAAUGCUUCAGGACUGCCCCAAGGCCCGCCGGGAGGUCGAGCUGCACUGGAGGGCUUCCCAGUGCCCACACAUCGUGCGGAUCGUCGAUGUCUACGAGAACCUGUACGCGGGGAGGAAGUGCCUGCUCAUUGUCAUGGAAUGUCUGGAUGGCGGAGAGCUCUUUAGCCGAAUCCAGGACCGAGGAGACCAAGCGUUCACAGAAAGAGGUAGAAAGGAAGCGUCAGAAAUCAUGAAGAGCAUCGGUGAGGCCAUCCAGUAUCUGCACUCAAUCAACAUUGCCCAUCGGGAUGUCAAGCCUGAGAACCUCCUAUACACCUCCAAAAGGCCCAAUGCCAUUCUGAAACUCACCGAUUUUGGCUUUGCCAAGGAAACCACCAGCCACAAUUCUUUGACCACUCCUUGUUAUACGCCAUACUAUGUGGCUCCGGAAGUGCUGGGUCCAGAGAAGUAUGACAAGUCCUGUGACAUGUGGUCCUUGGGUGUCAUCAUGUACAUCCUGCUGUGUGGGUAUCCCCCCUUCUACUCCAACCAUGGUCUUGCCAUCUCUCCGGGCAUGAAGACUCGCAUCCGAAUGGGCCAGUAUGAAUUUCCCAACCCAGAAUGGUCCGAAGUGUCAGAGGAAGUGAAGAUGCUUAUCCGGAACCUGCUGAAAACAGAGCCCACGCAGAGGAUGACCAUCACGGAGUUUAUGAACCACCCCUGGAUCAUGCAAUCCACAAAGGUCCCUCAGACCCCACUGCACACCAGCCGGGUCCUGAAGGAGGACAAGGAACGGUGGGAGGAUGUCAAGGAGGAGAUGACCAGUGCCUUGGCCACAAUGCGCGUCGACUACGAGCAGAUCAAGAUAAAAAAGAUUGAAGAUGCGUCCAAUCCUCUCCUUCUGAAGAGGCGGAAGAAAGCUCGGGCCCUGGAGGCCGCGGCCCUCGCUCACUGAGCCUCUGAGCCCAUCCCACUGCACGGCAGGGCAAGCAAUAACUCUCGACCUGGAUAUAUUUUUUAAACGAAGAGACACAGAACUCCCGUUUCCGCCUCCCCUCCUCCUCGGCGGCAUGGAGUCCGGAGCCCCAUCCGAGGCUGAAUCCUGCCUUUGGUUCCAAACGAACGGCCACCUCAGAGACGGGGAGGCCGGGAGGUUGGGGGUGGCGUGGAGAGAGAAGGGAGCAAGAUGCUCUUGAACCCAUGCUCAUUUUGCAAUUCUGUCAGUAAUUUGACUUAGAAUUUUUAUGAAACUUCUUUUAUUGUUCCUUGCCCCACUCUGCCCUCCUGUUCCCCAAACCCCUUCCUCUGGACGUGCAAGGGUUUGGGGUUUGUUAAAGGGUAUUUGUGGAAACUGUU